AGUUUUGCCUUUACUAACCACCUCGACUUACGUCACUCUUCUCCGUUCUUUCUUUAUGCGUUAUCUGAGUAAAAUUGAUUUUUUUUUUUUACAGUGAAAAGAUAACAUUUCUAUUCUUUGUUUUUCCCUUCCUCUCCCUCCUCUUUUCUCUCUCUCUUCUUUUUUUUGUUGUUUUUGUUUCUCUUGUGCGUUCACGGCGAGCGCAGUGUACAGGAGCCACCCUUGUUCUUCUCUUCAGUUUCGUUGGUGCACAACAGGUACGCAGACGGGAAACCCUUUCUUCCCAACUGGUUUCCUUUUCUUUCAUUAUCUCGCUCUUAUUGACACGCUUCACCCCUCCCAACUUUCUUAUUCUACGUGUGCGUCACGAGGUUUCGCAAGGGUAUCUCACAGGUUUGUCCUUCAACGGCAGCGCACGGCUCACAUUAGACGGAGCACCCACGACUCGUUAUUGCGUGAUUGAACGAGAAACCGUCUCCCUGCUCUCACUUUGCAUCCAUCGUCUCUGCUCCCCGUCUUUUUUUUUCCUUUUUUCGUCUUUUUUUUCUCUUCUUGCAGCGCAUUGUGUCCCUUCACGCCCACACAUAUCCAUUCGCCAGGCGCACAGGCUUCCUCCCUCUUUACUCGCCUUUCCUUACUACUUCAGGUUUUUUUUUUUAAGAGGCGUUGUAAGUGUGUGCUUGUGACACUGGGUAUUUCUGUGUGUGCGUGCCUGUCUGUGUAUACGGUUUCACCAAGCCAAAACUGGAAAGCUAAAGAACUGCGCUCACGCCUGUACCUCCCCCUGUAUUCGCGUCGGCUUUAUCGUAGUGUUCCGCCCUUCGUACGUGCGUAGGCGCAACUUCGCUACUGUCACUCCUUCUUCUUCUUCGUUACGUUUUGUGAUAGAAACAGAACGAAGAGAAGAGGUUCCACAUUUAGCUGCGUUCGCCUCUCGCAUCACGUGCUUGAGAGGAAGCUAAUAGAUCUGUCUCCUUAAACAAGCAAACAACAACAACCAAAAAGAGAAAGAGAAGAGAGGUGCCUUUGUUGAACAACAGCACUACAUAUAUAUCAAUAGUAAGUAAGUCUUAUAUCUAUAUAUCUAUAUAUCUAUAUAUAUAUAUAGAUAUAUCUCGUUUUCCGUCCUCUUUUUUAUUGUGUGCUGUUUCCUUUUUUUUCCUUCUUUCUGAUUUUGGAACUGUGCCGAUUUAACUUCACAGGCUCAGGACCCUCGACAUAGCUGGUAGACAUUCCCUUCUUCUUAAUUCUUUUUUUUUGUUUUCUAUCAUCUGCUGUGUCCGGCUUUGUAUCUGUUUUCUUCUGUCUCGCUAUUUCCACCGCGCUUGCCUUCUUGCGUUGCCCUGCGUGCUUUCUCUCUCUUCGUUCUCGCGCGUACAAACAGUCCCUCACACUUUUCCACAGCACCCACACACGUGCGACGGCAUCAACAACACAGAGAAGACGUUCGCAGAUCGAACGAGCAUAGUGGAUUGCUGUCUUCUAUUACGUCUCGGUCCGCUUCUCGGCAGGGGUUUCUCGCUGAACUCCCUCUUUGUACUUCUUCUUUUGUUGAACUCGCAAGGCCCACGCACGCGCACCCACGUCCGAACACUUCUUUUGAUAUCUUUAUAAUUAAAUAUCAAAAACACAAAAUCGUCAUUAUAUUGCGUGUGAACAGCUUACCCAUCCGUUUCUUUGCAUUUGCGCUUGGAGUCUUCGCCCCUGCCCCUUCCUUUUCUUGUUCUGUCCCCUCACAUUCUACACGGCUGCGGUUUGCGACGAACGCAUUUGCAAAGUACAUAGGAUAGCGAAAGCUGUUACACACACAUAUAUAUCAAUACAAGGACGGUCGUGGUGCCCACAAAUCUUGAUUUCUUUCUCUCUCUUAUUGGUUUCUUAAAUAAGGACACACCGCUUUCACUAAUUCAACAACAACAAAAAUAAAUAAUAAAAAACACGUACGAGUUGCUUUCGCUGCGCUCUUCCGUCCGGCACGCCCUUUUUGUGAUCCACUGUUCUACAAAUCUUAUUUCUUGUUUCUGUUGUUGAAAACGUGCUGGUGGAGAGUAGCUUCUACUUUUUUCUUUCUACUGUUUUUGUUUUGUUUUUUAUCUCGACAGCGGGCCUCAAUCAUCCUUAGCAGAACCCCCAACUAGCCAAAUGGACACUUCAGAGUCGCAAGGAAGCGCCGCUGCACAGACAAUGCGCGCGGUGGAGGAGCCGCGGCUGACGUCGUCGUACCUCGACGGCGGUGCCGUCAAGCCCAACCCGGCAGACCGCAGCGGCGAGGUCACCGUCGGCGAAGGCUCGUCGAAGGACGACGGCGAAAACACCGAUAAUGUUCCGGCGGUCAUUGUGCACGUCCGUCAGAACUUCGGUGUGCUUGCACCGGUCAUCGAGCCGUACAUCUACCGUAGUGGGUACAUCACCCGUUCUCCGUCCGACGUGUACCUGCACCUCUCGCGCAACUACGCCAUCAUCGUGGACUCGGCGAUGAAGCAGGUCGGGUAUGAUAAGUUCAUGCUCCAGAUGCAGGCGAUGCUCACACAAAUCCUCUACCCAGAGUUCGGCGCCGACACGGAGUUCCUCGUGAACACGAUCUUGGCCUACAACAGUGAGAACACGCUGUUUGUGUCGCUGCUCAGCCGCUCCGUGCUGAGCGACCUCGUCAACUACGCCCAGCAGAUGAUCCAGAGCAACAUGUUUUACAACACGGCCGAUGGUGCAACCGGCGGUGGCGGUGGCGGUGGCGGUGGCGGUGGCGGUGGAGGCGGCGGUGGUGGUGGUGGUGGUCGUGGUAUGGACAGCAACGGUGGGGGCAGCAACUACUACCGCGGUGGGGGCCAGCAGGGCUACCGCAGCGGGGCGAACAGCAGUGCCAUGCGGGAGUACCGCAGCGGCCCCACCGGCAGCACCAAUCACAACAGCGGCAACAGCGCCGGAGCGAACCAGCAGGAGGGCAUGGGGACCCAACGGCCGUACCGCAGCAGCGGUGUACCCCCGCAGGGCGGCGACGGCGCGUGGGAGCGCAGCAGCGAGGACCCGCGGGCGAACAGCGACGUUCUCUCCCAGCGCGAGGAGAGCAAUAAUAGAGAGUGGGGCUUGGGUCCCCAGCGCGGGGGCGGUGGCGUGGCCACACCCAACCCAAAAGCGCCUGUAGAUCCCAACGUAGCCACCGCCCGCGCUGGAAGUGCCGGUGGGGCGGGGGGCGACCUCAGCGGGGUGCCGCCGCCGAACGCAGGGCGAACGGAGCUGUCGGCGAGCCGGCCCGGCAGCGAAGUGCCGGCAGCCGCUGCCGUGAUGCCACGUCACAACCAUUUUGUCAGCCCGCAGUCCAGCGCUGGCGCCGUGGCUGGAAAGUCCACCGGCGGUGCACCGGAGCGCGGCGUUGUUGCCGGGAUGCCGCAGCAUCACUUCUUGCCGCCGCGCAUUUCCCCUACGACUGCGGUCACUGCGGCCAGCAACCCUGCAGCCAUGACGGGGCGCAUGCCCACGAUGACUUCGGCCAGCAUGUCGCAGAGCAGCACCCCAAAUCCGAUGCCUUCGAUGAUGCAUCCAAGCGGUAAUGCAAUGAUGCACGCACACCUCCACGCCAACAUGCAACAGCAGCAGCAGCUGAUGGCCAACGGUAUGAGCGUAAAGCAGAACGACUGGCAGGGCAACGGCAGCGGCAACAUGUCCCCGAUUACGCCGGUGACGCCGCAGCGCACCGUCACACCACCCUCCCCGCAACACAUGCAGCCGCCACCACAGCAGCAGCAACAGCAGCAGCAGCAGCAGCCCACCCGCAUUAUGAGUAUUCCCGCUCCGCUGAGCGUGCAGCGUCGCGCAGAGGAGAAAAACGCAGCUGCUGCCGCCGCCGCCGCCGCUGCCGCUGCCGCCGUAAAAGCCGCGAGUGCUGCAAGCAACAACAGCGUGUUCACCAACAGCACCAACAAUGCAAGCCCCGCCUAUGUCAACCCAACCUCUCUAGCGAACGACAACGUCGCCUCCACACGCAGUGCGAUGCCCGCUGUUACCCCGGCUGCCCCCACAAACACAAGCGCCACGGCUGCGGUUCCGGCGCCGCGUGGGCUGCAGGGGCCGCCGGUGCACCACCUCCACCACAUGCCCGUCACCCACCAUCAUCACCACCACAUUCGUCUGACACCCGUGCCGACGGCAGCGGUAACACCCGUCACCGCCACCACCGCCACCCACUCCCCGCCUCCAGCGAAUACGGCGACCAUCGCAGCAGCGGAGGAGCGCACGGGCAGCGCGAAUGCCACGGCAGCCACGUCACUCUCUCCCUCCGCCAACUCUACCCCUGCUUCCGCUCUCGCGCAGCCACUGCGUGGCAUGCCGCGCUUCCCCGCACACCACCACCACCAUCACAGCCACCUGGUGCCCAGCAAGACGGAGGCGGCCUCUGCCCCGGCGACGUCGCCGCCGACGGUACCACCACCGCAGCAGCAGCAGCAGCAGCAACAGCAACGCGGUCUUACCUCAGUGGACCUGCACGGACAACAGCAGCAGUUGCAGCAGGAGCGUGUGACAACGGCGGCAGAAGUAAUGUGGCCCAACGAGAAGGAGGAGCUGCGUGGGGUGCUGCUCAGCGCCCGUGUCUCGGAGAAGGCGGUGGCUCAGUUCAUGACGCUCGACUCCGCCAGCAUUGAGGAGCUGUACACGCUCAAGUACCCCGACUUCGAGAAGAAGCUGCGACCCGUCGUCACGGUGCUGCUCGACCGCCAGCGCAUUCGUGGGGUGUUGAUGAACGGCGCAGCGGCACAGGGUCAGGCAGCCGAGACCCCUGCGGACUCUGCUGCCAACCUCUCACUGAAAAGCACCAACGCGAUGGUUGGCGACGAGCAGCAGCGAGGAACGGCAACAGCCGCUGCAACAGGAGCACCGUUGCACCCCCGCCCAACGAUUACUGUGACUGUACCUGCCCAAAGUCUUCCCUCGCCGCACUCCUCUCCCACCAGCAAGUCCGGCGUGCAAGUACCGCAGCCGCGAACAAAGAUGCAGCAACAGCAGCAGCAGCAAAACCCCAACGGCAGCGCCGCCGCCUCCCCGACCGACGCGAGCUACGCCUCCUCCGAUUUGGAGUUGAGCAGGCGCGAAAGCAGCGUCAAGACGGGCAGCCCGUCCGGCUACGCAAACGCGAGCAUUAGCAGCAACUUCCAGCCCAACAAUAGCACCCACAACAGCCUCCGCCCGGACGAGUUGGAAGACACCCGGGACGAGGAGCAGCGGCGCGGCAGCGGGCGGCGUGGUGGUCGGCGUGGUGCAGCACGUGGCGGCAGCUCCUACGCCAAUCGUCCUUGCAAGUACUACAACACGCCUGACGGCUGCCAGUACGGUGAUAAGUGCCACUACAUCCACGGCGCCAAGUAG